UAUCCCAGAUGCUGCCCUGAGCCGCUGUUGUGUAUCAGAGAUACAUGCCUCCCCGGGCUUGGUGCCAGUUGGUUAAAGUCAUUAGACGCCCAAGCCAGGCCCGAUCAUCCACGGUCCAGUGGCUUAACCCUCAGUCACCAGCCACACCGAGCUGCAACCCAGCUGUUACACCUCCUUCACCCAAGCUGUCGUCUUUCGCCCUCUCUCUUCCUGCCACCGUAGCGGACAAGCCACCUGAAAGCGUCAUCAAUCGGAAGGCCCGGGCAGUGUACCCGUGUGAAGCAGAGCACAGCUCGGAAUUGUCUUUUGAAAUAGGAGCGAUUUUUGAGGAUGUGCAAACCUCAAGGGAACCUGGCUGGCUGGAAGGGACUUUGAAUGGUAAGAGGGGCCUGAUUCCACAGAAUUACGUCAAGCUGCUGUAGCAACUGGCCCGUGAGGGCCCCGCUGCAGACCCUGGCCCCCGAGGACCUGCCUGUGGGGUGUGAGGACCGUCUUCCCCCCGGGUGAACCCACGGCCACCUGGACACAAGGCAAUGACAGAUCACGGACUGGCACUCUGGGGUGGAGGGGGUGGGGUGGAAUACUGCUAGACGUGGGGGGAGAGGGGACGCACUGCACAGACCUGCGUAGGGCUGUGCGGAUAUGUGCAGCGGGAGAAGGAUGCCCAGGUUAACAGGAUGGACUUUGCAUAUUCAAGCCUUGGGACUCGUGAGUUUUAAUUUUCCCGUCUGCAGAGCGAGAGGAAGGGCAGCCUUCUGCCGGCCCGCCUGCCCCACUGACGGCCAUACCACCGGGCACCCCCCCCUCCCACCGUGCACCUGAAAGGGAACUGCGUUUGCAGGUUGUGCCCUUAACUCUGGUGUCGUGGAGGGGCUGCCGCGGGCGGGCAGUGCAUUGGUCUAAACCCAGAGGGCAGCGGACAGAGGCUCCUUGUCGUAUGGACAGCUGCCCUGGGGACCCCACACUCACUGGACUUAGGGCACCGGCGGACUCACAGCAGGCUUUCUCCUCCAUGCUGCUCACCUGUGUGCCGUUUCCCCAACCAUCACCUUUCAGCCCCGAGCUCUCUGUACAUGAAAUAAAAUAUAAUUUACUA